AUGGAUUCCGAACCUUCCCCAUCCCGCGAGAUGACAUUUAGCAUCCUGGGCUCUGCAGCGCCAGUGCUGGCCCCUCGAGUGGGCACAUUGGCCCUCGGCGGCCGCCAGACGAUUGCGACGCCAAAUCUCGUCCCGCUCACAUCGCGGGGUGCUGUGCCGCAUAUCUCGCAUGAUAUGGUGCGCAAAGAGACUGCAAUCAAUAGUCUGUAUGUCGGAUUAGAAGACUUCAUCGAGAGGAAACACCCUGCCCCGCUAUAUAAUGUCCCCGCCACCGCAAACGAGUCGCCCUUGAGGAAGUUUAUAUGCGCACAAGAUGAUGCGACCAUUCUUUUAGGCCCACGACGAUUCCCCGCGAUUGCAUGCCCUCCCAACAACACCGAGACCUCCAUCGCCAUCUCAACCUCUGUCGGGUUUCGGCAACUCGAGGCCCACGGGUAUAUCGAGGCCAUACAGAAGCUGAAACCCGACAUUGCCAUUGGUCUGGCUGAUAUGGUUCUCGGGAGACCCCCUGGUCUGAAGAGGCGAGGUAAGAUGGUCGACCGGACGCAUGCAUAUACUCGCGAUGCGCUGGAGCAUCUAUAUGGGGAAUCUGUGGCGGAGAAGUCAAAGGCCAAGUUCUUUGCGCCUGUGCUACCGCUGGACAACACACAGCAAUCUCUCUAUCUCGAUGACCUAGAGGGUGAGUUCAAGGAUCGCAUCGCAGGACUGGCGCUGUACGAGUCAGCCUCGUUGGGCUAUAUCUCCGAAGCCCUGGGCGACCUACCUCGAUUAUUGCUGAGUGAUCCAUCAAGCCCUCACGAGGUACUUCGCGAGAUCUCACUCGGUGCAGACCUUUUGACCGUCCCGUUCCUGCAGGGAUGCUCAGAUGCUGGGAUUGCGCUGGAUUUCGCAUUUCCUGUCCCAGCGGCUGUACAGGCUCGGGGAGAGCCUCAGCCACUUGGACUUGACCUCUGGUCAUCGGAACAUGCUAUGGAUAUCUCUCCAUUAGUCAAAGGGUGUGAAUGCUACGCAUGCCGGAACCAUCAUCGUGCCUACUUUAAUCACCUGCUGCGCGCAAAGGAGAUGGCGGCGUGGGCUCUGCUCCAAAUGCACAAUCACCAUGUGAUAGAUCGUCUCAUGGCGGGUGCGCGAGACAGCAUCCAGCGUGGGACUUUCGAAGAGGACGUCAAGGCAUUCCACCGAGCAUACGUCGCUAAUUUGCCAGACCGAACGGGCGAGGGUCCUCGACUACGCGGUUACCAGAUGCCGGCCGCUGGACCUCAUCAGCCCCGGCGUAUGCCUAAAGUAUACGGCCGUCUCGAUGAUCUCUCGCAGAAAUUCGCCGAGUCUCAGUCGUCCGUUGCGACUCCAGAUACGGACGCUGAGGGACUCGAGAAACACGGGUUUGCGGAGAGAAUCUAA